AUGAUUCCCCAGAUCAGUAGAGGUUUUUUCUUUAUAAAAACUGCAAAGAAUUUGUGGGGAACAGUACACAUGAAAUAUUCGAUGAAAAAGAAUGAGUCACACAUAUAUGAAAUGGAGAUAAAAUCUCAUUCAAUUACUCAAGGUUCAAAAUCAGUGAUGGAGUACACAGGAGAACUUAAAAAUCUAUGGCAGGAGCUUGAUUAUUAUCUUGAACUUGGGACUGAAGAACUCAAAGAAAUUUCUACAUUUACGAGAUUUUAUAGAACGAAGGUGGGUUUUUAAAGUUUUGGCUAACUAUUUUUGAUCAGAUCAGACAACAAAUUCUAGGAUUUGAAAGGAGACCAGAUCUGAAUGGGGUGAUAUUAAUUAUACUGAAUGAAGAGAGUUGUCAAAAAUUGAUGUUGUCUACUCAGUAG